CGGCCGGUUUCAAUGAAGGUCUGGUUCCUCUCCCCUCAAAGAAAGCCCUUCACGUUCAAGGAUGAGCGAAACAGAUCGUCGUGCAGCUGAAGGUUUACUCCAGCUCGGAUACCAACAACAAAUGACAAGGAGAAGGAAUCUUUGGGAGACCUUGUUUAUGAGCCUCGCCAUCCUAGCAAUUCCUUUUGGUUUAUCAACUACGAUAUUCACGGGUCUCGUUGCUGGUGGACCUGCUACGAUAUUUUGGGGAUUCGUCCUCGUGGCAUGUCUGAUGCUCCCAAUCGGAGCAUCUCUAGCGGAGAUAUCUGCAAAAUACCCCACCUCCGCAGGCGCGUACUAUUGGUCCUUCAGAUUGGCUUCUCCUAGAAGUCGGGUUUUAUUAUCCUGGAUAAACGGGUGGCUUCAUGUCGCUGGAUGUUGGACUGUCAGCUUAUCUGUCACUUUCGGAACAACUCAACUGUUGAUCGCGGGUAUCAAUACUUUCCACUCGGAAUGGGUCGCAACUACAUGGCAGACGUACCUUAUGCUGGUCGGGGUUACCUUUGUAUUCACCGGAAUUGGGAUUGUCUUUAACAGCCUAUUGCCGAAAAUCGAUGUGUUAUCUGCGUAUUGGACACUUUUUGGUACUAUUGUUACUAUGAUUUGUCUUUCUGUCAAAGCAGGCGCCGGGCGCCGCUCAGCUGCAUUCGCAUUUGGAUUUUUCGAUGCGUCAAAUUCGGGGUGGACCCCAGGGUGGUCAUUUUUCAUUGGGCUUUUACCUCCUGCGUUCGCUUAUUCCGCCAUUUGUUUAAUUGCAAGUAUGGCCGAAGAAGUCCAUAAUCCUACCGUUGACCUCCCUCGAGCGAUAUUUUGGCAAAUUCCUAUCGGGCUUGUGAACGGAAUAGUGUUUUUGCUACCGAUUAUGUUCACGCUUCCGGAUAUCUCGACCUUGCUCACUGUCCCUGGUGGUCAACCAAUCGGUGUUAUAUAUACGAUGGUUAUGGGUUCCAAGGCUGGAGGAUUCGGUAUUUGGAUCAUCCUCUUCGGUAUCGGUGUCUUCUGUGGAAUAUCCAUCCUCUGCGUAGCCUCCCGCGCCACCUGGGCAUUCGCUCGCGACAAAGCUAUUCCCUUCCACCAAACCUUCUCCUACAUACCCCCCGGAAUCGACGUACCCCUCAACGCCUACGCCUUAUCAACUCUAAUCCAGCUCCUCCUCGGUCUCAUCUACUUGGGCUCAUCCACAGCUUUCAACGCCUUCGUAGGAGUAGCCGUGAUGUGUUUAGGCGCAAGUUACGCGUUGCCCAUCGCGAUUUCACUUGCAAACGGGAGGAAGGAUGUGAAGGAUAGUCCGUAUCCUUUGGGUAGGUGGGGGGUGGUGUUGAAUGUGAUUGCGGUGGCGUGGGUUGCGUUUGAGAUUGUGUUGUUUUCGAUGCCUCCGGUGAUUCCAGUUACGAUAGUUACGAUGAAUUAUGCGUCGGUGGUGUUUGUUGGGUUUGGAGUGAUUAGUGCGGGGUGGUAUAUGAUUAGUGGUAGAUAUCACUAUACUGGACCUCCUGAUCCAUCUCAAGUCGAGGAGAAACAUGAAGGGUCUCCGGAGGGUAGCACGAAAGACGUCGCCAAUUAGACGGAUCAGACCACUCGGUGUGAUGUACUCAGGUGUAUUUUAAGCUUACUAGGUUGAACAUGGAUGCUGUACGGCCUUAGCGGGCCAGUCUUUAUCUUUUGCAUCCCUUCCCCUUCAAACAAGUCAAGGGGGUACUUGCAUUACAGCGAAAAUAUAGAUCAAAGAGGAAAGCGCUGUUCUUGGGCGUACUAAGGAGAAAAAAGAGUAGAAGGAGUACAGGAGAGGGGAAGGAUAGCCACAUGAAGCUGGUUUAGAUUAGUCCUUUUCUAUCACAGCGGUUGGAUAUGAGAAUAUCGCGCUUCAAAGAUAGAGCUUCUCGGUCCAUCUCUUCUUACGGUAGCAUUUCCGUUGCGUUGAAAAGUCCCAUUAUCCUCAGCCGUUGACCAGCAUCCAGGUGCUGCAAACCGGAUCGCUCCUCCCUCCCCGGCUUCCUGACUGCCUGUCACCCAGGGAUGUCGAAGUCAACGCGCUCGAUGCUGGGCUUGCCCUAAGCAUAUCCGUCUAGGAUGUCCGGCGGUCUCAAUUCGCGUGGACGAAGCCAGCAGGAGUCAGAGAAUCACUACUGCACAUCCUCAAUUCUCCCCAUCGAUGAAUUCCAUCGCAACCAGCUUCAGACCAAAGGAUGCCCCAACUUCGAGCUCGAAACGGUCAUAGUGCCAUCCGAGUGACAAGCCGAGCGAACCAAUUGAAGUCGGGAGCGAGAGGUAUUCAGUCAGAACUUGUAAGUUGUGCUGGCAACGCGCCGCUCAGCGGCCAUGGAAGAAUGAAAAGAAGAAAAGGAUGGGGAGAUUGAUAUCGAGGCCUGCCUGAGAGAUGGCAACGAGGGAUCUCCCUCCUCUUUAUCUCCACAAUCGUUGUUAUUU